AAUUUAGCUUCUUGGAAUCCUUCAAACCCUGAAUGUCUCCUGCUUGUUGUGAAGGAGCUUGUGCAGCAGUAUCACCAAUUUCAGUGCAGCCGAUUACGUGAAAGCUCUCGUCUCAUGUUUGAAUAUCAGACUUUACUUGAAGAGCCCCAGUAUGGAGAAAACAUGGAAAUUUAUGCUGGCAAAAAGAACAACUGGACUGGAGAAUUCUCAGCUCGCUUCCUCUUGAAGUUGCCUGUAGAUUUCAGCAAUAUCCCUACAUACCUUCUCAAGGAUGUGAAUGAAGAUCCUGGAGAAGAUGUUGCACUUCUCUCUGUUAGUUUUGAGGAUGCUGAAGCUACUCAGGUUUUUCCUAAGCUGUAUCUCUCCCCACGUAUUGAACAUGCUCUUGGAGGAUCAUCUGCCCUUCACAUCCCAGCCUUUCCUGGUGGAGGUUGUCUUAUCGACUAUGUACCCCAAGUAUGCCAGUUGCUGACAAACAAGGUACAAUAUGUUAUUCAGGGGUACCAUAAGAGAAGAGAGUAUAUUGCAGCUUUCCUGAGUCACUUUGGAACUGGUGUGGUGGAAUAUGAUGCAGAAGGCUUCACAAAGCUGACUCUGUUGCUGAUGUGGAAAGAUUUUUGCUUCCUUGUUCACACUGUUGACCUACCCCUCUACUUUCCUCGAGACCAACCGACCCUAACGUUUCAGUCCGUCUACCACUUCACUAACAGUGGCCAGCUGUACUCCCAGGCCCAGAAGAACUACCCUUACAGCCCCCGCUGGGAUGGCAAUGAAAUGGCCAAGAGAGCAAAGGCAUAUUUCAAAACGUUUGUGCCUCAGUUCCAGGAGGCAGCGUUUGCUAAUGGGAAGCUUUAG